AUGGCUGGGCCAUCUAAACGGGUGCGUUUGGGCGAUUGUGAUUAUGAAGAAACUCUUUCUAAGUGGAAUAACGAAGACACUGAUAGUGGUAGUGAUAUAGACGAUGUGUCGGACGACUAUAACAUUGAGUCAGAGCAUGACACUAACUCGGAAUUAUCUGAAUGUGAGGAGGACAAUGACAGUGAUGAAGUGGACUCAACGGAAAGUGAAAAGAAAUAUAUAUAUGGCAAAAAUCGGUAUAGGUGGUGUACUUCAGAAGUUCAUCCAUCAUCUAAAGUCCGAAAACAUAACAUUGUGAUGAAAGUUCCCAUACUGAAAUCAAAGGCAAGGAUGCUUGGUGAGUCUGCAGAUCCGCUAGCUAUUUGGGGCUUACUUUUUAGUGACAAUAUAUUUGAACAUAUUAUGCAGUGCACUAACAAAAAGCUAAAUUCGAUGAGUGAAAAAUAUUCUGCUGUUUCAAAACACCACCUAUUUGCAACAGAUGGAACUGGAAGGGACAUAUUCAGAGCAGUUCUUAGUAAGAAAAGAUUUGCUGUCCUUUUGGCUGCGAUAAGAUUUGAUAAUCGAGAAGAUAGAGAAGAACGCAAAAAGGAUGACCCUGCUGCAGCUAUAUCCUUCGUGUUUAAAAGUUUUAUAGAGAAUUGCCAAAGUUUAUAUGGAUUAGGGCAAUCUGCUACUGUAGACGAAAUGCUGGUGAGUUUCCGUGGGAGAUGCCGCUUUAAGAUGUACAUGCCAAACAAGCCAGCAAAAUAUGGCCUUAAAAUUCAGUGCUUAACAGACGCGAGAAACAGCUAUCUUUAUAAUGCUUAUAUCUAUUGCGGAAAGGACUCGGAUGGUUUUGGUCUCAGUGACGAAGAUAAGAAACUUUUAAAACCUACGCAAGCAGUAUUACGCCUAGCAACGCCGCUCUUCAACAGCAAUCGCAACAUAACUGCUGAUAACUGGUAUUCUUCAAUACAGUUAGUGGACGUCCUUCUAAAGAAAAAUUUAACGUAUGUAGGCACCCUAAAAAAAAUAAACCCGAAAUACCACAGACCUUCCUACCCAAUCGCAAAAGAGCUGCUGGAUCAACAUUCUACGGAUUUAGGGAGGAAUGCACAAUAA